GCGCAUCCUGUUUUAUUAAAUUUUUUUCCAGGCGAAAAUGGCUGCCUCUCUCAUCUAAACCUCUGUGUAAAGGAUUAAAUGAGCAUAUAAUAGGCAACAGAAAUCGCGGUCCCGCUUCAAGACAAUACUCAUGGGUGCCAGGGUGUAGUUUGUGAAGCGCCUUCAGGAAGAUGUUGUGGCUGACAGAGAAGGAAAAUGUAUGCGAUUCGAUAUUAACCCUUUCCAGCCCAACAUCCACCAACAAAUGAGAAAAUGAUGCAUCAAGUGACCAGCAGCAGCAGUGACUAUUGUAUGAGUGGACUGGCAGAGGACUGUCAUCCAGCCAGCCACUUUGAUUUAUGUAGCACUCAGUCCAACAAAUUCUACCCCUCUCAGACAAACCCUGGUCUGCAGCUGUCUCUUGCCGGCCUAGCCCCUUUGCCACAGGGCAUGCACAAAGCCAUGGCGUGCCAAAUGCAAGACACCCAGAACGACUUCCAGACACAGACAGUGAGAAUCAGGGGCAGUGAGGCUGCAGGGCCUGAUGCCUCUAAGAAGAAGAAAGGCAUAGUGAAGUCAGGGCGGAGAGGGAGGCCGUCAGGGACCACCAAAUCUGCCGGUUACCGCACGAGUACUGGGCGUCCGCUCGGAACAACCAGAGCAGCUGGGUUCAAAACCAGCCCGGGGAGGCCCCUCGGUACCACCAAAGCAGCAGGAUACAAGGUCAGCCCCGGCAGACCCCCCGGCAGCAUCAAGAGUCUAGCCCGGCUCAAGAAGCUGGAGUUUGGUUGUGACAGCGCCAAGAAACUUGACUUUAGCAACUGCAGUGUUCCCAAGAAACUGGACUUCACUGCCUGUGAUGUUCCACCUUUUCCAUACACCAUGAUGGAGAAAAGAGACCUCUGUGAGCCCAGUAGCAAAGUGGAUGAAACCAGCGAAUAAUUCUGCUUGAAAAAACAUUUGGGUGCAUCCAGAAAGAGGAAAACAUUUCUCUCAAAUGUUUUGUCAUUUAGACAUGGCUCUGACUGAGUUUUCACUGUACAGUGUUCAACAUUGUCUUCAUCCUCUCGUAAUAAAUGACUGAAUCAGAAGUAUGUUACUCCAGUUUGGCAGAGAUGCAUGCAUAUGAAUUAAUCACACCAAUCAGUAUAGGCAAAAAAUGUAUUUAUCGGUUUAUGUUCUCACUGAAGAGUGGAUCCUUUUUUUCCCCUCAAGCAUUUUGUUCCUCCGUUCUAACAUUUCUAUGGCCAGGUCCUUGUAACAUUUUCUACAUUUAUAAAAAAAAAAUUGCAUUUCAGUUCAAAUAACCUAUGCUUUUUCCUGAGGAUUAAUAUGUGGAUGUGUAAUUGUCCUUUCUGUGUGUUGUCCAGUUCAAUAUGUAUUUUUGUUUUGUGAUAUUAUCCUGCAUCAUACCCUGCAAAGGGAACACAGCGAUACAUUUUUAAUUAGCUUGAACUGGUAAAACUAAACUCAUUAUAUCCUUUUGAACACAGUAUUUGUUAUCUCUACACUUUGUGAAUAUAGUUUUGAUUAUGUAUUGUAUUGCCUGUUUUCGUCCCCCAGACUCACUUGAUAAGCACUUACAGAUCUACAUGUAUGUUGUUAUGCUGUUCAUUAGGAAAAAUAAUUACUUCAUAAAACAGAAAAAAAGAUGCUUUGUGGAAUAUGUAAUAAAUGCUUAUGUGCUGUAUGUGAAACCAAAAUAAAAGAAAGAAAUUGCCUUUUCCACAUAA